CCGGUCGUCCUGACCCGUGACAAGUUUAUCCUCCCCUUCGACUUCCACUCGACGCCUUCGCUUCUUCCAUUUCUUCCAGUAUCUUCUCCCAGUCUCCCACUCCCCACGAAGCAAUUCCCAAAGCGAGCGAGCGAGCGAUCCCCUCCCCUCGCGAUCGCCCCGUACGCACCGGAAGCCGCAGAAGAUCCCGCCCGGGAUGCAGAACCCGGUGAGCCCCUCCGUUGACCUGCCGCUGGCGGCGCCGCCGCCGGUGAAGGCGCCGACCCCGCGCCCCCCUUUGCCGGCGUCCCUGCAGCCCGGAUCCCCUGGCGUCUUCUUCAGUGCGGCCGCGGCCGCCGUCCCCUCGGGCUCCUCCCACCGCCGCAUCGCCAUCGCCGUCGACCUCUCCGACGAGUCCGCCUACACCGUCCAGUGGGCCGUCGCCAACUACCUCCGCCCCGGGGACGCCGUCAUCCUCCUCCACGUGCGCCCCACCUCGGUGCUCUACGGCGCCGACUGGGGCGCCGUCGUCGUCUCCCUCCCCGCCGCCAACGCUAACCCUAGCACAGGAGAGGGCGAGGACGGCGACGACGCCGAGGCCGCCGCGCGCAGGCUGGAGGACGACUUCGACGCCUUCACCGCCUCCAAGGCCGACGACCUGGCCAGGCCGCUCAAGGACGCGGACAUCCCCUACAAGAUCCACAUCGUCAAGGAUCACGACAUGAAGGAGCGGCUCUGCCUCGAGGUUGAGAGGCUUGGGCUCAGCGCGGUCAUCAUGGGGAGCAAAGGGAUUGGCGCCUCGCGGAGGACCAGCAAGGGGAGGCUCGGGAGCGUUAGUGACUACUGCGUGCACCACUGUGUUUGCCCCGUGGUGGUGGUGCGUUUCCCUGAUGACGGUGUGGCAGAGGGUGGUGAGGCCGGUGGUGUGCAGACAGCGGUUGGUGCAGAGGAGGUGCUGCACCCUGUGCCGGAGGAGGAGACCGAGUACCAUGAUGCUACUGAGGAGCACAAGGAUACUUGAUCGGAUAUGUAUCGUGAAGCCCCCUUGGAUACAGCAUGUAAAGAUUCUAGCAGUCAACUGUUGCCCGGGUGCUAGGUGUGGUUUCUACUGAGGACAUCUGGUGUUUGUUGAACUUUCGUUGCUCAUGUCUAUCUAUGAUUUCUCCUUGUUGUAUCUUCAGUUGCCUUUUCUCCUUAGUACUUUCUUCAAAUCUACUGUUUCUGACGAAAGUUACAGUUUGACUACUUUUAGAACCAAGUACAUCACCUCGGCAAUAUUUUUCUUUUGCUUUGCUUUAUUUUAAAUAAAAGUAACUUUGUGGUAUA